CGCUAAAUCUAGGGUUUCUAAGAGCCACUCUCCCUCCCUCCCUCCCUCCCUCUCCCUCUGUCUGUCUCUCUCUCUCGGCAGAAACUCAGAAGCCUUCCAUGGCGGAAGAUCCGCAGCUCGCUUCUCGAACGCCCACAGCAACGACUACAGCGAACGACAACAAGCGAAAAUACGAGGACACCAACAGCAACAACAGCAACAACCAAACACCUCCUCCUCCCGCUCGCCGAGCCACCGGCUUCUCCGCGCCGAUCGCAUCUCCCUCGCCGGACUCCCAUGCUCCUCCUCCUUCCUACAACAACGUCCCUCCCCCGGCGGACGCUGAUUUCCAACUCGCCAAGCAGCGGGCCCAGGAGAUCGCCGCUCGGAUCUUCAACACCGCUGAGGCGAAGCGCCCCCGCAUCGAGAAUGGCGGGUCAGACGACGCGAACGAUAAGGGUUUCGGGCUCGGCCCGACGGCAGACUUUGCACAGAAGCCUCAGGGACAGCCACUGCCAAAUACCCAAGUUGGUCUAGUUCCUCCCACAUCUCUACCAAUCGCUUAUGGUUUCCAAGGUUCAAGCAAAAAGAUAGAUAUUCCAAAUGGAAGGCAGGUUGGUGUUAUCAUUGGGAAAGGUGGGGAAACGAUUAAAUAUCUGCAGCUUCAGUCAGGAGCUAAGAUUCAAGUAACCAGGGAUAUGGAUGCUGACCCUACUUCUCAGACUAGGCUAGUAGAACUUAUUGGCACUCAGGAGCAAAUCAGCAAGGCUGAGCAGUUAAUUAAUGAUGUUCUUGCAGAGGCUGAAGCAGGGGGUUCUGGCAUAGUUGCAGCUCGAAGGUUCAGUUCUGGGCAAUCUGGUGCUGACCAAUUUACAAUGAAAGUUCCUAACAACAAGGUCGGAUUGAUCAUUGGUAAAGGUGGUGAGACGAUAAAAAAUAUGCAAGCUAGGUCAGGAGCGCGCAUUCAGUUGAUACCGUUGCAUCCCCCUCCCGGUGAUACAUCAACAGAGAGAACCGUACAGAUUGACGGCACCAAAGAACAAAUUGAAUCUGCAAAACAAUUGGUCAAUGAAGUCAUCAGUGAGAAUCGUGUUAGAAAUCCACAGAUGGGCGGCGGGUAUACUCAACAAGGGUACCGUCCUCCACGGCCACCGACAAAUUGGGGCCAACCUGGCCCUCCUCAAAUGCAGCAACCUGGUUAUGGCUACAUGCAGCCUGGAACUUAUCCUGGGCCACCACCUCAGUACAACAUGUCUCAGCCACCUUAUGCAGGCUAUCCGCCUCAACCAACAUCUGGUGGAUACUCCUCUGGCUGGGAUCAAACUGCAGCCCCAGCAAAUCCGCAAAGCGCGCCAGGCAGCGGAUAUGACUAUUAUAGCCAGCAACCACAGCAGCAGCAUCAACCAGCUCCUGGAGGAUCUUCUGCUCCAGCUGAUAACACCACUUACAACUAUGGUCAGCCACCAGCUUCUAAUUACAAUCCACAAGGGUCGUAUGGUGGGGAAUCUAAUUACUCGCAGCCACCUGUUGGCCAACAGCAAGGUUAUAGUCAGGAUGGGUAUGGCAGUGGUUACACUGCGCCGGGGCCUCAAUCGGGUUAUAGUCAGCCACAGACGAAUCCUCAACCAGGAUAUGACCACCAAGGCUACAAUUCAGCACCCACUUAUGGAACUGUGGCUAACCCAAAUCAAGAUGGAGCACCACCCUCUUACGGAGCACAAGCUGGCCCCACCCCAGGCCAUCCUCCUGCUGCAGUUGUUCCUCCACCUGUUCAGCCUCCAGCUGCAGGCCAACAAAGUUACCCAGGUCAACAGCCUACUACCAACCCGCCAAGCUAUGCUGCUCAAGGCAGUACCCAGCCUGGUUAUGGAAUGCCAUCAACAUCACAGCCAGGCUAUGGGAGCCAACCACCUUCCCAAACUGGCUAUGGGCAGACACCACCAGUAACGCAGCCUGGCUAUGGGCAGCCUCAGGUGCAGAAGCCGCCACCUACUCAGGCAGCCUAUGGGCAAACCCAACCAGCUCCGACUUCUCAGGGAAGCUAUAUUCAGCCAGCCCCAGGGCAACCAGGUUAUUCUCAUUCUCAGCCACCACCGGCCCAAUCUGGCUAUGUUCAGCAAGAUCCUACUCACCUCCGUGGCCCACCGUCUGGUUUUGGAUCGGCAGCUCCACAGCCAGGCUAUGGCCAGCAGCAGCCUUAUGGUGCACCACCACCUGUGGCCCAGCCAGGUUACGGGCAGCAACAGCAGCAGCCGUACGGAGACUCGUAUGGAGGUGGGUACGCUCAACCUCCUGUGUAUACCACAGACAGUACUGCAGGUGGCAACAUGCAUGGGUCCUAUGAUGCUGCGCCUCCUGGUGCUCAGCCUGCUGUUCAGAGUGGAGUGGCCAAAGCCUCGCCUCAGAGUUAGAUGCGAUAUGGUAAGUUCCUUUGAAUCUUUGUUUCAGGCUGUUAUAUUGAUGGUUGUAGGUUUGUGUUUUAGCUUUAGGCUCUUUAUGGGAUAUUUCAACUCCUGAUAUUGAGUUGGGCUGCUCUGAAUGAUUUUGAUGAUGUAUGGUCCUUGUUUGGUAUGUCAGACGAUGGUGAUUGUUUUCAAAGUGAAAUGGCAUUUUCGUA